AUGCCUUCGAUCGAUGUCGCCAUGGCGAGGAGUCUUCGGGGAGGGGUAUUGGGUUCGGUCGUGUCGAGCCUGGCCGCGAACAUUGAGAACCGCGGAAUUACGGACACGGUAACCAACGCCGGAAACCAGGUCAGCGAUGUGAGAAAGGCCUUUUCCAGUUGGGACAACUGCAUGGCCGCCACGUACUGCAAGUGGCCCGUCAUUGGCGUUAUAAUUGUUGUCAGCUUGAUCAUCUUCUCGAUUGUGUGGUGCAUCAUCCGAUGCGCUUGCUGCGGGUUGUCGUGCUGCUGCCAAUGCUGCUAUUGCCUGAAGUGCUGCGGCGAAUGCUGCGGUUGCUGCGACACCCCCAAGGGGACACCUCACAAGCAUCUCGACGAUUCAUAUGGACCGACGAAUCAAGGCUACAAGUCCCAGGCGCCAAUGGCUCCUUUCUAUAACGGCGCUCCUGCGCAUGCGGCGCAUUCGACAGCACCUGCCGCCACGGCCAGUGGGGCUGCAGCGCCGCCACAGUAUGCCGAGUUCGAGGUCAGCAAGUCCGGCUCCAACUCGGCAGACGCAGACACGCUACCGGCAAUGCCGAGCUGGGAGGGUGCAGGCUCUAAGAAGGUCGCAGUCGAGGAAGAGGUGGAGCUUGAACAGAUGAAGCCUGCGGCCUCACCAAACCCCAACGGACAGAACAUGCCCCUGAUGGCACCCAACGCUACGUCGCACCCGAACAGCCCCAUGCCGGGCGACAGGAGUCCAUAUGGCCAGAAUGCCCAGGCAGGUGCCAGCGGCUACUUCCCCAACACCAACCAGCCUGCAAACCCUUAUGCGAUGGGCAGCCAGGGGCCCAAUGGCUACAACGGCGCAUACGGGCAAUCGACCUCGUCUUUCGGAGUUGACCAGGGCUACGGCGCUGGAGCUGGGGGUAUGGCAGCAGCAGGAGGUAUGGCAAUGGCUCAAGGCGGCCGGCCUCCGCACCAGGAAUUCAACAAAGGCGGGUACGGGCAGCAGAGGGGCCAGACCUACCCUCCCCCUCAGCAGGAGUUCGACCAGGACUAUGGCAGCUACGAGCAGGGAGGAUACGGAAUGGGCCGGCCUUCGCGUAACGGCCCCAGCCCGGCUCCUAUUCCCCGGAGCUUCGCGGCACCUCCUCGCAACGGGCCCAGUCCCGCGCCGCCUGGCUUCCGCCGCUCUCCCGGACCUCCCAGCGAUUACCGCGACUCUCCCGCCCCUCCCAACGACUACCGCAGGUCUCCGGCUCCUCCUUCUGAGUACCGACGCUCGCCUGCGCCCCAGAACGACUACGGCUAUGACCAGAAAGACCAGUACUCUGCGGACAACUAUGGCCGCCCGCAAUACGGAGGCGGUGCGCGUCAGUACUCUUCCGAGUCCACCCGCCCCCUAGCUCCUCAGCGCAGCUACACCGCUGAACCGGUGUCCCCGAAUCUCCAGAACAACGCUGGCUUCGACUUUAGCGGCAACAGCCGCCCGCAGCAGUACAACUACAACCGCGGCCCAGGCGGUGGCGUCCCGCAGCACGUCGAAGAGGAGGAAGAGCAGCGACCUCCGCAAAGCAGCGGCGGCACCUACCCAGGAUACAAGGCGUACCAGCCGACCAAGGACGGCUGGAGCGGCGUCUGA